AUGAGAGAGAUUGGAAUGUCAAUCCCAGAAUUGUUCAGAUGUCCAAUAAGCCUAGAAAUGUUCAGUGAUCCUGUGACACUUAGCACAGGACAAACUUAUGACAGGCCAUGUAUUCAGAAAUGGCUUGGUGCUGGAAAUCUCACAUGUCCUGUUACAAUGCAGAAGCUUCAAGAUUCAUCAAUGGUGCCUAAUCACACCCUUAAACAUCUAAUUGAUCAAUGGGUUUUCAAGGGUAAUCUUCAUUAUCAUCAACUUAAUCAUGAUUUUUCCAAAGUGGGUUCUUCAAAAAAUGUUUCCUUUUCUUCAUUGAAGGAUACCCUUCAAUCUAAGGGUUCAUCUUUGGAGCAGAGAUUACAAGUUUUAGAGCAAGUAAGAUUGUUUUCAGAAGAUUUGCCUAGGAAAAAUGAGGGUUUAAUCCAAAUGGGUUUCUUCUCAUUGAUGUUGGGGAUGAUUUUUGGUGCAAAAAUUACCCAAGAACUUAUGAAUUUGGUGGAGAAAUCACUUAUUUGUGCCCUAAAAUUGAUGCCCUUUUCAAAUUUGGGGGAUUUGAAUAUGCUCAUGGAAGAAGAAUCCAAGUUUGAAAAUUUCAAAGUUUUACUCCAACAAGGAAGUUGUAUGGUCAAAAUUGCUUUGUGCAGCAUAAUAGAGAAAGUUUUCCUACAACAAUCUCUAGCAAUUAUAAAAGAGUUAGCUACCAAGAUUGGCAAUGAUAGCAAAAUACUCAAAGGUAUGGUUGUAUACAUUGAUGAUCAUCAACAUAAUCCCGACCUCGCCGAGGCCGGGAUUAAGGCCAUAUUAACCUUAUCAUCAUCACAAGAACCGGCAUACCGAGAAAACUUGGUAAAAGAAGGGGUGGUUCAUUCAUUAGUGACAUACAUUUUGGAGGUGGAGGACAAGGAGUUGGCACCAAAGGCAACAAAAGCGCUUGAAUUAGUGCUUGUUUUGGAAAGUGGUAAAGAAGCAUUUUUGGUAAAUGAGGUGCUAAAUUGUGGUGUUAAGGCACUAAUUAAGAUGGUAUUUAGAGUAUCAGGAGAUGAUCAAGGGAGUGAAAGUGCAGUUAAUUGUCUAAUGAUAUUGUGUUGUGAAUCAAUGGAGGUUAGAGAUAAGUCCAUUUCUGGUGGGGUUUUGACACAAUUGCUGUUUUUGCUGCAAAGUCAGUGUUGUGUUCGGGCCAAGAACCGGGCCAGGAUGCUGUUAAAGCUGCUUAGAUCCAUGUGUGCUAAGGACCCAAUACAUGUGUAG